GACAGAUUCUCUUUUGCUCUGUUCAUCCGUGAAGUCCGUCAAAAGUCGCCGUCAACCGUAAUAAAAUCUAAUUUACAGUGUUUUCUCCCGAAAAUCCCGUUUUUUUCGCGGCUUGCCCAUCGCCCCGAUCGAUACAGUUUUAGUUUUCUUUGUGAAAACUUGACCAGGUUGCGAUCCUUGCCGGUCACGCGUGAAGAACAUCCCCAUCGUGAUUGGAUCAAUGUGCGAAUUUAGGAAAAGAAAAGUGAUUAGCGAAGGGGGCCAGUAGCUGGCGCAAAGGCGAUUUAAUAGCGACAGCGCGGUGUUGUAUGAGGCAAGGGAGGAACUCAGAAUCACGUAGAAAUCAUCCCGUCGUGGCUGGCGGCCGCCCGUGUCGGUCAGCCGUGGUGUGCAAGUGUGAAGCGGGCGCGGGACGCGGUGGACGCGCCGCGACAAAUGCGAAUGCAAGUGCAAAAGUGUUUUUCUAAUUUGGAGAUAAUCUCGCGUUGUGGUGAUUAGCUAGUGACGUACGUCUUAGCCGUGUAAAAGCGCCGUGGACGGGGCUCAGUGCUCGCUCGUGAGGUGGACGUGCUAGAAGGGACAGUGAUCGCAAAAACCCCGAUUUUCUGAUGUGCCUAAAAAUUGAGUGGUCGCAUAUCCGCCCGCAGCAGCAGCCAAUAAAACGCGACGUUGACGACGACGACCAGUUUGACCAGCGCCAACCUAGCGUGAACCGACGAUGGCCAUGCAACUGGAUCCGAACGUAAAGGAUGACUUAAAAACGCAAUUUGUGACACGCGAGGGUACCUACCGCCUAAUGACCCUGUCGGAAUAUUCGCGGCCCAGCCGAGUGGGCUACACCAACAGUCAGAGCUCGCCGCAAGUUCGCGUAUCGAUUGUCACCUUGCCGAAUGCGCCGCAACAGGCUCCCUCCUCGUCAGCCCCGGGGGCCGGGAACGGAUCUUCGGCAUCGGCUGCAGCGGGCAACGCGACCUCGAGCCAAGGAGCGACCGGAACCUCAGCAUCAACCUCGACCGCGGCCCCAGCCGGGGUCGGGUCCAACUCAAUUGAAUCUCGGCUGCACGGCAUGCACAUGAACGACCCGAACGGAAUGAACGGAGCCCCCAUGUGCGGCGGCGACCGGAUAUGCUUCAAUUUCGGCAAAGAACUUUACGUGUAUGCAUUCCGGGGCGUGAAGAAGGGGUCGGAGCUAAGUAAACCGAUAGAUAAAAAACUGUACAAAGGAACAAAUCCAAGUUGCCAUGAUUUUAACGCAACGACCGCAACACCGGACGGUGCUCCACUACUAGUCGGAUUUACAACCGGACAAAUUCAAUUAGCGCAACCAGGCAGACAACCGGGAAAACUGUACAAUGAAGAGCGUCUAAUUGACAAAACAAAAGUGACAUGUUUGAAAUGGUUGCCCGGAUCACCGAAUCUCUUCCUCGCAUCUCAUGCAUCAGGUCACUUGUAUUUGUACAACGAGGAGCUACCCUGCACGCCCACUGCACCGAACUACCAACCCUUUAAAAUGGGUGACGGUUACACGAUACUAACAUGUAAAUCGAAAUCAACACGAAAUCCUCUUUACAAAUGGGUAUUUGGAACGGAAAAUUGUAGCAUAAAUGAGUUCAGUUUUUCACCGUGUGGCUCGAAUUUAGCAAUUGUUUCACAAGACGGAUUUCUUCGAGUAUUUCACUAUGACACAAUGGAAUUGCUGGGAAUAGCAAGAUCAUACUUUGGUGGAUUCCUGUGCGUUUGUUGGUCACCGGAUGGAAAGUACAUAGUGGUAGGAGGUGAGGAUGAUUUGGUCACGGUCUGGUCGUUGCAUGAAAGACGUGUGGUGGCUCGAGGACAAGGACAUCGAUCAUGGGUGUCGGUUGUUGCAUUUGAUCCUUAUACGACGUCGUAUACGAAUUGGGACGGCCCCGAUUUUUCGGAUGAUGAGAACCCUAUGAGCGGAGAUUAUAGGUACUGCGGCAACGAUCAUAGCAAUUAUGAUUUAUACGAUUGCGAGAAGAAUUGCAACGGUCGAAGACCGAACUCAGCAUCGUUUCGUGAUAGUUUGGCUCAGGACAAGCUGGCGACAAGUUAUCGCCUGGGCUCUGUUAGUCAGGACACUCAGCUGUGUCUGUGGGACAUAACUGAGGACGUUUUAAGGCACCCGUUGACCUUGCGACAGCGUGUUAACAGUAGUGCAACAAAUGACAUUAGUAGUACGACCGCGACAGGAGGCGGGAACAUUCAGUUGAAUGGUGACGUGAUGAACGACGUGAAAGUCAUUAAGCCAAUUGCUACGACUAAUACUACAAAUAACACGAAUAACAAGGAUGAUAAUAGCUGUAAUACUAGUAGUAAGAAUAGCAGUAAUAGUAGUUCAAGUAAAUUUUCAACAGCGAAUUGUACGAUAUCGUCGUCAAACGACAGUGGCGGAGGAGGUGGCGGCGGGGGCAAUAGUAACUGCAAUUUCGAACAAAACAAUAAGAAUUCAACUAGUAGCAUUAGUAAUAAACAAAAUAGUAGUAAUAAACAAGCGAUUUGUGUUGGAAAUAGCACGUCGAAAAGUGAUACAGUGAUCGGAACCGGUCAGACAGUUGACAACUCCACCACAACGAACAAAUCGUCUUCGGGUAGUUCCUCAAAAUCAUCGGAUUCAUCGUCCGGCCUCUCAGCAUUCAAUAGCCUUACUCAACGACUAUCAAACUUCACAUUUGGUAGCGACAAGAAAUCAUCGUCUUCAACCACUGCAACCAAUAACGAACACCAUCAUAGUCAUCAGAACAACAAUCGUCAAAAUCAUCAUAAUCAUCAUAGGAAAACGUUUAGUCUAUCAAAGUCCAGUGGAAGCUACCAUUCGUCCUCGUUGCAUCAUAACAAUUUCAACGGUACAAAUUUGGAUGGUGGCAACAGUUUAACAUCAUUGAAAAAUUCAAAAUCCUCACAAUCGAGUAGUGCAACAUCAACAACAAUCUCAACAUAUGAUCCAAUGAAGCUGAUUGGUACGCCGGCAUGUCCACGUUUCGAUGAAUGUCCUUUGCUGGAACCGUUGAUAUGUAAGAAGAUCGCUCAUGAACGUUUAACGGCGUUGAUAUUUCGUGAAGACUGUUUUUUAACUGCUUGCCAAGAUGGAUUUAUAUAUACGUGGGCGCGACCAGGAUAUUCAAGAGGUUGCGAAAAACAAACUAUCGUCGAGCUAGACUAUGGAAAUUUUGUUAAUGCAUUCGUGGAAAACUUCGCUCAACAUCUUUGAGAUGGGACAGGUGCGUUUGUUAGAUUAAUAGGCAUAUACGAUUUAGGUCGGAAUGCCAUUUGGAAAUUUAGAAAAUGGUGUUUUGUGUCGUUCAUGUAUGUCGAUCUCAGUUUGAUGGAGAUUAUCUUCUCAGGUCUAGUUAAGUAAAUUUUUGUAUCUUGUAAUUUGUGAAAAAUUGGUUAAGCAUCUGAGCAAGGAUAUUUUUUAAAGAAGGAGAAAGUAUUGCAUAAAGGUGGAUUUGAUCAUUUUUUUGAUCUUUGAGAUUUGUUUUUCAAUGUAGAGGUCAUACCUAUAAUUCAAAAGUGGAUUAAAAACGAAGGACGAUUUAGGAACGACUUUCCGAUCUUUGGAGGCUUUUGUUGAUAUAUCUUAAUUUAAACUUAAUUUUUCUACCCUUGCCAACCUUUUUGGCGAGUAAAACCUACGGUCCUGUUUGAAGGGUUAUCUAUCCUAUUUUCUUUUAAAUAUGAGACACAAGGACUUUUGAAAGGGACAUACAUGUGAAGCUUUGGAAAUCUUUAAAAUUAUACACUUUAUUUACGAAAAUUGGGGGAUCGUGACAUGAUCGCCACAAGUUUGACGGAACAAAUUACUACGAGGAACUAGAAGUUUGAAAUGGAAGCAAUAAUAAGACUCUCUAAUAUUUAUUCAUAAAUUUUGCGACCUAAGAUUACACAAAAACAUUAAUGUAUUUUAAAUACUUAUUUAUAAAUGAUUAUUUUAAUUUCUCUUUGAAGUUUCUAUCACAAAACCUUCUUAACUUUGAAUUCGCUGAAAGCCAAUUACAUAGAUUUUCAAAUAUCGAAAUGGUCAUUAACCUAUUUCUUUCUUCCUCCCAUAAAUUUCGUGGCCCGGCUAUAUACAUAUCCGUACUGAUGUGCUAGUAAAUGCAUUUUUGUCUAGCGGAUCGGCUCGGGCAAUUGCGAAACAUAUAUUUUUUGAGUAUUGCUGCGAAAUAGUUGAACACAUGCAGCCGCCUAGGGUCAUUAUUGCUCUGAAUGCAAUGAACGCUAUUGUUCAAGUAAAAUAUCGCUGAUGCUUUGUUUUUUACUGAGUAUCAGUGCAAUACGGUACGCCAUGGAAACAAAAAUGGUCCGCAGUCCGUCCAGUCUCUGUAAAACGUUUCGCGGCCCUGUAGACAUUCGCUGAACAGUGUUUGCCGUCUUCAUUCUACCCUUGUGCAACUCGACGACUGGUGGAUGUCGACCUUCACUAGACAUAACGCAAGCACAACUGAAAAAUACAAAUAAUUACAACAAAAAUAACAAAAAAUACAUUUUAUCAGAUCUAAAAACAACAACAAAGUAUAAAAAUAUCAAAACGAUUUGGCGGGCAAAACCAAAGAAACUAAAUAUUUUAUCGGAAUUUGGCAAGAAGAUAUUUAUUAAAAAAUUAUUUAGCAGUGUUCGAAAAUUUUACCAGAGCUGUUUAAAAUAAAAUGGGGGCUUUCCAGAGCUUUCCCUGAGGUGUCUUUUUUUUUCAUAGCCACGAGGCCAGACCCACAACUCUAGCAA